AUGCAUCGCACAAAGUGUCCUCAAAAAGUGUCCACGUCCAACCUCAAAGUGUCCAUGCCAAAGUGUCCUCAAAGCGUCUUCAAAAUGUCCACGCCAAAGUGCAUUGAAAGUAUCUAUGCCAAGUGUCCUCAAGGUGUCCUCAAGGUGUCCUCAAGGUGUCCUCAAGGUGUCCUCAAGGUGUCCACACAAAGUGCCCUCAAAGUGUCCACACAAAGUGUCCUCAAAGUGUCCUCAAAGUGUCUUGAAAGUGUCCUCAAAGCGUCCUCAAAGCGUCCGCACCAAAGUGUCCUCAAAUUGUCCACGCCAAUUGUCCACAAAGUGUUCAGGCCAAAGUGUCCUCAAAGUGUCCUCGAAGUAUCCACGCCAAAGUAUCUUCAAAGUGUCCAUGCCAAAGUGUCCUCAAGGUGCCCUUAA